ACGUAUAUAUACUCUCCCAUCUACACCGUAUUUUGUGGGCUACGUCUCUGCUAGCCCCGCUUCUUUACCGCCUUGUUGUCGUGGGCGGGCUCGAUUUGAGUUUCGCUAUUCUUCUCGAACGAAUACGCUUCAAGAUUCGUCAUAUAAUUUUUUGUUUCUUCUUUGUUUCCUGUGUUUUGUUGUUUUGUAAUUGAAUUAUACAUGCAGUUGAUUGUGAAAAAUAUUGCCCACGAAACGAGGCUAUGGUGGGGUGUGAUUGUUUUGAUUGAAUAUGCGUACUGUUUUUAGGGUUUGUUGUUGGUGGGAUUUUGGGUUGGCUAGUGUAGGUUAUGUGGUGAUUUUGGGAUCGUGGUGUUCGGUUAUUCUGAAGUUGUACUUUGGAUUAGUUGUUAAUUGACGUGGAAAAUUAGAUGAGUUUGGGAAUUGUGGGUGAUGCUGGAGAUUGAUAAGAGGUUAAAUCAGCUUGAAUUGAUGAUGAUGUUUUUUGUUGUUAGUCAAAGAUGAUUAUACCUGUGAUUGGUAGGUUGAGAAGAAAUUUGUUAGUAAUGCUGAUUGAAUUUUACUGACCAAAUUGUGCUUUUAGUUUUAGUUUUCUUGGCUGUUUAUUUUGGUUCGGAUGUAGGAAUCUUGUAUUCAUGUUGAUGUUGUUGGUAUGAGGUUUUUGGAGAACAUUACAGACAUCUCUUUAAUACAAGUACUUUUAAGUAUUUUGUUUGGUGUUCCUAAGUAGUGAAUUUGGGGAUGCUUUUAAUCAUGUCACUAAACUGAGAAGUAAUGUAACAUGGCAGAACUUCGCAGAUAAGUGGGGAUUCAUUUUAUUUUAUUUUAUUUUUUUCAUUAGACAGCUCGAAAUUUGAUAGGCAAUUUGAAAUUAGUCAAAUGCUUUGUUCCCCUUUUGGCUACCAUACCUAUAUAUUUUAAAUUCUCUUGUGCAGCACUUUUGAGUUCUUGGAGAUUUCUUCUCACUUGUAAUUCUGGUUAAAAUAUAAAUAAAGUGAUCGUAAUACUUGCAUGUAAAGAGUAAUGGAAACUUUUAUUGUUUUAUUAUAAUGUAUUCAGAUACAUUCUCUUGUCGGUGCAUUAAUUCUGCUUAUUGAAGAGAAAUGAAGCAAUGCUCUGGAAUUUUCUACGGAUCAGCUCCAAUAUCCGACUUUCAAAGUUUUUAUACAACUAUCAGCAUUGUAACUUCAUUAUGAUUCUUACAUACUGAUCAUGAUAAAUCAAGUAACUUUACGUUUUGCAUAUACUCAAUUGCAACAACUCAUCUCUAGUGAGUGAACAUGGCAAAUGAUAUUAACACAUUUUGCAAAUAAAGUGAUGGUUAAAUUGUGUGCAUAACAUGUGUACAAUGUGGUUUACGGAAGAUUAUAGCUUGCACUAAGUUCUAACGUCUUCAAUUGUAUAUUCUGCCUUUGCUUCUGUAUAGGACGAUAGCAGUAUCCCCAGAUUGAAGUAUUUUAAUACAGUAAUAGUGGAUCUGCAAUCUUGAAAUCUACCUGCAAAGACAAGUGUUGUAACAAGUUUAAAUGAAGCGAAAGCGUGCAAACAAGAAAGGGAAAACAAAGAAGAAGCCAAAGUUGGCCAGUGCAAAUGAGGUGGCAUCUAAUGCUGUUAGUUUAAACGCAGAAGAUAAUUCUGGUUUGAAUGAGUUUGAUAAUGAAGAUAUUGACUCUGGAGUGGAUGCCGGGACUGAGAGCACGCCAUCCCCAUCAAGAGGAGCUAGUCAGCCUGAAACAGUUGCUAAAUCUGUUGAUUUAGCUCCUGAGAUACGACAAAAUAACCACACACUUGUGAAAGCAGUGUAUACAAGGGUAAAAGUGAAGAUCAAGACUUCAAAAAAUUUAGAAUCUCAGAAUACAUCCAAAGAUGUUCGUGCUCUGAGUGAUACUGAAAAGAGUAACCAGCCAGUGGGUUCAGAUAAGCAAGUCGGUCCUAGUGAGAAAAUGGAGGAUAGUGCCAAUUCUCUGUCAGAGACCAACGGAGUUGUAUCUGGGAAUAUAUCUAAGAAGUCUGUGGGUAUAAAGAUUAAAGCAUCUAGGGGGUUAGGCUCUUCAAGUAUGAGCCCCUGUAGCAAUUCUGAACCAAUGAAGGUAGAAAAGGUAGAGAAGAAAGAUACAGAAUCAAUUCAUCAGGAGUCACAAUACAACGAACAAGAACUAAAAGCUGCAUUGGAGGUUAUAAGAAGAGUUAUGAAAAUGGAUGCAGCAGAGCCCUUCAAUGUCCCUGUUAAUCCUGUUGCUCUUGGAAUACCUGACUACUUUGAUGUCAUAGAUACACCUAUGGAUUUCGGUACUAUAUGCAGUAACCUUGAGAAAGGAACCAAGUACAAGAGCUCAGAGGAUGUUUUCAAAGACGUGCAAUAUAUCUGGGAUAAUUGUUACAAGUACAAUAAUAAAGGUGAUUAUAUUGUGGAUCUUAUGAAGCGCGUGAAGAAAAGCUUCACCAAGUAUUGGACUGCACUUGGAUUAUACACUACUGAUCAGCCACAGGAAACUAGUGGACACGAAAGCAAUCCACCGAAGGAUCUUACUCCUCCAAGUGAAGGGAAUACAUCAGCCAAUGGUGGUGCUGUGAUCCUUUCAGGGAAAAAGUUCCAUGGACUUAAGAAGCACAAAGAAGGUUGCAUGUGUGCUAUAUGCAUAAUGAUGCGGCGCAGGCAGGAGCGAGAGGAGAUUGCUCGUCUGAUGGAAGGACCAACUGAAGGAAGUGAUGACUCUGUUGGCGAAGAUAUGAAACCCGAGGGAAACUCACAUGGAGAAAGUCCAUUUGGUGAGUAUGCUUCCUCAAACAUAGAGAACUCCCCGGACGCAGAUAAUACUGAAACCGAAAGAAAAAGCCAGGAUAUGAAAUUGGGACACCUCAGAAACUUCUACGGUCUGCAGAGCGAUGAUGGCAAUACAGUUCCAGGAAAACAAGAGAGUCCUCAAGAUUUGCAGUCGACACAGAAGUCUAGCGAGGAAAAUGCGCUGCACAUUCAGACAGCACAUGGAAAUUGUUCGAAUGAUGCACAAAAAGGCACAUCAAAGCAGAAUGAUGAAGGAAAACACAAGGAGCUGCUGGAUAAGCAUCAGAGGGCUAAAAUGUUGGAGAAUUUACGGUACCUAGACAACCCGAUGCUGCUGGAAUUGUAUGGGACCCUGUUUGCAGACAACUCCGAAUCCGUCUGGAAUGGACCUCGUUCAUUGCUAGGUUGUCACAACCCGGGUUCUGCCCGAAGGAGCACCUUUAGCUCAGCCAUUUCCUCGUUCAUGAAGUAGUCGAUGUCGUCCCAGCCGGGCGCAAAAUACAGAAUUAAGUGGCCAUGAAAACAGUGAAUCCUGGAUGAUGAUAUUCUUGAUCUGCAUCUAUGGAGAAAGAAAAAUUGUUGGCAAUAUAUAUAUAUAUAUAUAUAUAAUGCAUUGGCUCUUUCUUGAUUGAAAAUCGAUUGUUGGGAUUUGAUCACACAAUUGAUAGGUAACAAUGAUGUAUGGUUGACUAAUUGUGUGGGUGUGUUUUUUGCUAUUUUUUCACUGUGCAAUGUCUUGACAAAAAUGGAGUAUCAAUUUUUAUAGAA